UGCAUGGCAAAGAGUCACCGAGGAGAUAAAGGAGAUUUACCCGCAGUUGGGACUUAGCUCUAAUCAUGUCAGAACAGCCUGGAAGCGACACAAGGACAAUUUGAAGAAGAAGAAAGACGAGAAGGAAUUGAGGAAAUUGGAGAGGGCUUUCAAGUCCUCAUGUUCCAAAACAGGAGGGGGUGAAGGAAGUGAUCCCCCGUCCGAUUUUGAUCCAGAUGAGGGGGAGAAGGAUCCAUUAAUAGUGAUAUCCUAUGAACCUACCUAUCCAGAAUCUUUGACCCCAGUUCUGCCUUUGGAUAUAAUUGAACAUCUCAACUUGCAAAGUCUAGAUUUUCAAAAUGUAGAGCCAGAGCCAGAGAAGCCAGAGAAGCCAGAGAAGCCAGAGAAGCCGAAAAGAAAAAGUUCUGAACUGUUCUCUGUUAAAGUUUCAGACUUUGAGACUACGGAAGAACCUUCAACAAAGAAGAGCAAGAGACAAGAUCGAAUUAUGAUUUUAGAAGAAAAUAAAAAAAAAUAUGUUGAGGACAAAAAGAAGAAAAAAGUUAAAAACGAUGGAAGUCGAAGGAACACGGAUGUGGAGGAAUUAGAUAAACAAAAUCUAACUCUGGAUAUCGAACUAAAAAAAGAACAAUUAAAAGCUCACAUUUUAUCAAAUUACAUUCUUCAAUGUAAAAUCAACAAACUAAAAAGUGAAAGUGAAGAAGACGGAUGGGAGAUGCCACCCAAUCGCCCAGUAAGAAAUUGGAAACUUGUCGGUUUAUUUUGUCAACAUUUAAAAAUAAUGUCUCAAAUAAUGAAUGACAUUUCUUUCUAGGCGUUAGGGCGCUUCGCGCCCAUCUUCUAUUUCAACUUUUAAUUGUGGCUUUAUCUCUGAACAUCUUCUCUUUGUACAG